AGGUUCCUCUGGUCGCUGCCGGUGGCGCCGGGGGCAUGCGAGGCCAUCAACAAGCACGAGUCCAUCCUCCGCGCCAGGGCGGUGGUGGCCUUCCACACGGGCAACUUCCGAGACCUCUACCACAUCCUGGAGAACCACAAAUUCACCAAGGAGUCCCACGGCAAGUUGCAGGCCAUGUGGCUCGAAGCGCACUACCAGGAGGCCGAGAAGCUAAGGGGUCGCCCGCUGGGGCCGGUUGAUAAAUACAGGGUGAGGAAGAAGUUUCCGCUGCCCAGGACCAUUUGGGAUGGCGAGCAGAAGACGCACUGCUUCAAGGAGAGGACUCGCAGCCUCCUGAGGGAGUGGUACCUGCAGGACCCUUAC